CGCAGGCGCACUCUGCGAUCUCGGUUCUGUAGGUGAGCCGGUUCCCGAGCGGGUCUCGGGGAGAGGCAAGGGGCGCGGCUCCAUGCGGAGGGAAGGUUCGCCUGUCACUCACAGCUCGCCGCGGUCCCACUGCCACCAAGUUUUCUGAGCCGCGAAGGUCAUGGUGCCCAACACCGGGAUGCUAGCAGGAUGCACAGUCUUUAUCACAGGUGCAAGCCGAGGCAUUGGCAAAGCUAUUGCUUUGAAAGCAGCAAAGGAUGGAGCAAAUAUUGUCAUUGCUGCGAAGACUACCCAGACACACCCGAAACUCCUAGGCACAAUCUACACUGCUGCCCGAGAGAUUGAAGCAGCCGGGGGAAAGGCCUUGCCAUGUGUUGUUGACGUGAGAGAUGAACAGCAAAUCAACAAUGCAGUGGAAAAAGCUGUGGAGAAAUUCGGAGGAAUUGAUAUUUUGGUGAACAACGCCAGUGCUAUUAGCUUGACCAACACAUUGGAAACUCCUACCAAGAGAGUGGACUUGAUGAUGAAUGUGAACACCAGGGGCACCUAUCUUACGUCCAAAGCAUGUAUUCCUUUUUUACAAAAGAGCAAAGUGGCUCAUAUCCUCAACCUCAGCCCACCCCUCAACUUAAACCCACUGUGGUUCAAGCAGCACUGUGCUUAUACCAUUGCCAAGUAUGGCAUGUCUAUGUGUGUGCUUGGAAUGGCAGAAGAAUUUAGAGGUGAAAUUGCUGUCAAUGCCUUAUGGCCCAGAACAGCCAUACACACUGCUGCUAUGGAUAUGCUAGGAGGCUCUGGUGUGGAAAGCCAGUGUAGGAAAGUUGACAUCAUUGCAGACGCUGCGUAUGCCAUCUUCAAAAGACCAAAAAGCUUUACUGGCAACUUUAUUAUUGAUGAAAAUAUCUUAAAAGAAGAGGGCAUAAAAGAUUUUGAUGUAUAUGCAAUUGCACCAGGCCAUCCCUUGUUACCAGAUUUCUUCUUAGAUGAAGAGCCAGAUGCACUUAUGAAGGAAAAAGAAUCACAUGACACUGUGCCAGAAGUAAAAGAAGAGCAGCCGCAGCCGCAGCCACAGCUGCAGUCCCAACCACAGCCACCACCGCAGUUGCAGUCAGAGCUGCAACCACAGCCACCACCGCAGCUGCAGUCAGAGCUGCAACCACAGCCACCACCGCGGCUGCAAUCAGAGCUGCAGCAACAGCCACCACCACAGCCCCAGCCACUGCUGCAGCCACAGCCACAGGUGCAACCACAGCCACAACCACAGAUGUAUCUGCAGCCACUACCAAGACCACAUUUUGGAGCCGUGGAAGAAACAUUUAGAAUUGUUAAGGACUCUCUGAGUGAUGAAGUUGUUAAAGCCACACAAGCUGUCUAUCAGUUUGAACUCUCAGGUGAAGACGGUGGCACAUGGUUUCUUGACCUGAAGAGUAAGGGUGGGAAAGUUGGGCACGGAGAGCCUUCCAGCCGGGCAGACGUAGUGAUGAGCAUGACCACUGAUGAUUUUGUCAGAAUGUUUUCAGGGAAACUAAAGCCAACCAUGGCGUUCAUGUCAGGAAAACUGAAGAUUAAAGGAAACAUGGCCCUAGCAAUCAGAUUGGAGAAGCUGAUGACCCAGAUGAACUCCAGGCUGUGAGGGGCGAGAAGCAAAAGCGUCAGCUGUUCUCCUCUGAAGUAAAAGGCUCAGCAGUUAAAAAUACUGGCUCCUCCACGGUCUCAUAGGGACACAUGUUUGUUCUAGAAAAAGUAGAGUUUGUGUAUCUAUAAGACUUGAAAUUAUAAUUAAAACAACUAACCAAUCAAGUAUAAGUUGCAUUAAAUGGCAUCCUAACAUAUUGUGGUUUUUUUUUCCCCCAAUAUUUUCCUCUAAGCCUGUAUUUCAUUCAUUGCCUUCUUGCAGGAAAAAUAUGUAUCAUGAAUAACUAAUGAGAAUCAAAUAAUAAAAUUAGCUGUUACAAACUUCUCGUGUAAAAUGAAGCCACUU